AUCUUAAUUCUGAAGAUCUUAAAAAAAUUCGUGAAAAAAGGUUUAUUCUUAUAAGGUUGAAGGAAGAAUGGGAGUUGGCGCGACAAAAUUUAAAUAAACGGAAAAUUUUGAAAAUUGCGACAUCGAGUGUCACUGCUGCUGGUGGUGUUUUAGCUCUCAUAAGAGCCAUUAUGGAGAAGGCUACAGCAAACAAAGAAUACCUUACAAAUAUUGUUCAUGUCAUUAAGGGCGAUGAAAAAGAGCGUUCACUUCAAUUGAUAGAUAUAAAGGAUGUUGACUUGAAAGAUAUAAAAACCGAAAGGCAUGAGAACUAUAUAAAAUUUUUAACUCGUAUUAAUUAUCUUAUCGGGUUAGAAAAAAGAUUUGUUGAUGUUUAUGAUAAUUAUUUUGGAGAAUAUAGAACCGGAAAUGAUGACGUGACAUUUUUUGGAGCAGAAAUUGAUGCGAGGCCUAUCCUGCUACUUGUUGGAAUACUUGAUAGAUAUGGUUUUAAAAAUACCUCUUCGAACACCACCUCUCCUGGGUAUAAAUAUAAUAGGAUUAAUAAAUAUCUUGAAAAAAAUUUAGGAUCCAAAGAAGAAGAAAUGGUUUAUUACAGAGCCAUUGCAAUACUUGAUGUAUUUUUAGAAAAUAUUUUCUCCACAAUAAGUCAAAAAAACGAAAAGGACCAUUUGUUUAAACUUUAUGAGACAAUUGGCAUCACUAAAGAAGAGAAACCUAAUUCUAAUGAUAUUCCUAAUUAUAUUCUUAAUAUUCUUAAAAAUAUUAAGAAUGACGACAUUAUUAGUUUUGCCAAGAAAUUUGCUGACGAAAUUUUAAAUGAAAACAAAAAAAUUGCUGACAAAAUUUCAAAUGGAAACAAGAAAAAUGCUGACAAAAUUUCAAAUGAAAACAAUAAUAUUGCUGAUAAAAUUUCAAAUGAAAGCAAGAAAAAUGCUGACAAAAUUCCAAAUGAAAGCAAGAAAAAUGCUGACAAAAUUCCAAAUGAAAGCAAGAAAAAUGCUGACAAAAUUUCAAAUAAAAACAAUAAUAUUGAUGACGAAAUUUCAAAGAAUAUUGCUGGCGAAAUUUCAAAUGAAA